AUGCCCUUAGAUAUUCAAAAAAGAAAUGAAGACUACAGUGAAACACAAAAAGACAACAACAUCAUCGUCCGAUUAGCUGAUCCAGCUGACCUCGAUCGGGCCAAAACCAUCUUGGAAUCCAAAGCCGGGCCAGACAGUACCAAUGUUUUUAACUCUGUUUCACGUCCAUCUAAAUUUUUCCCGGCUGUUGCCCUUUUUGUCAAUCUUAGCUAUCUACCCAGCCUUAAAGAAGAGUUGAUGUUAAGGAAUCGUGGCCUGAGAGGAAAAAUUGAGUCUGUGUCCCAACUGUUCGCCAAACCUGACUCCCAAAAAGGCCAUGUAAAAAUUCUAUUCAACUGCAAGGUAGCCAGAGAUCACGCUCUGGCUGAAGGUGAAAUUGAUUUUUUUAAUACUACUGCUCGCAUUGUUGAAAUUCUUUUAGACCGUGAGGUGAAUCUCCGCCACUCAAGGGUUGCCUCGUCUUCUCUUGCACAAAUCAUUGUCGAAAACGUUUUAGACAUUGUUCUCAUUCAAGAACCUUUCGCCAAAGGCCACCAGACUCCCUCCAUCAUAAACAUUCCACCAGGCUAUGUUGCAUUCCACUGUCUCUCUCAAGAGCAUGCCUACGGUGCUGCGAUUUUAGUUAAACUUUCUCUUGCUAAGUCUUGUCGGGCAAUCGAUCGAAGUCGCUCUAACCAUAUCGCUGCAGUCGAUUUACAUUCUGCGCACGGCACCUUUCGUUUCAUUUCCACUUAUCUUCGACCCUCCAUUAAAAACAUUGCCGAUCAGUUCAGCACUGAUCUCAGCUGCCUUUUCACGAAACUGUCCAUCAUCUCAGUCGACUCUAAUGCUUUAAGCAAGGUUUGGAACAGCAAGCUCACUAAUAGUAGAGGAUCAGAACUUGAAUUACUCAUCGCUAAUCAUUUCCUUCGUGUUCUCAAUCGACAACUGGAUGAUCUUGACUUUGUUCCUGCUGGCACCUCAUUCCUUGACAUCUCUCUAGCCGGUAGUGCUAUCACCUGCACACGCUGGUUCUAUCCUACCAUUCCUUCCUUCUCUGAUCACCCAUACAUAUACUUUGAAAUCAAUCGCUCCCCCUCAUCUGCUUGCAGCACUGCUCAAGCUCAAUCUCGAGCUCCAAAUUCUACUCCCCACAUCUCUCGUAUUUGCCUUGAUAAAUUUCGCCUAAAAGUCGCAGAUGCUGUGAUGAAUCUUGUAGUGCAAACUAAUCCGACUACGUCCACUAUCGAUGACAUGAUUGUAAAGCUCUCUGCCCUCAUUUCCUCUGCUGCCAAAAGCUCUAAAGAUUCUACCUACAUUCCUGUCUCCACUCGCAGAACGCCUUGGUGGACAAAGGAACUCUGGGUACUUCGUCACAAAUCCCGACAGGCUUUUAAAUUAUGGUCAGUCCAACGAAUAGAAUCUAACAGGCAGGCUUUCAAAGCUCACAAAGCUACCUAUCAGAGGGAAAUUCGCAACGCCAAACUCUCGUCUUGGAACAAGCUAUGUGACUCCCAGCCUAGCAGUAGUGACCUCUUCUCGGCCCUAAAGGCCAAAUCAGGCAAAUCAUCAAACGUCAGCCUUCCAUCCUCUAUUUCAUUUGACGGCUCGAUCUCCUCCAAUCCUACAGAAAUUCUAAAAAAGUGUGCAGAACAUUUUUUCCCCUCCCCCACUCCAUCUACGCAGGCCCACGCACAGGCCGAAGAGCUUGCGGCCUCCUUCUCACAAUCAUCCACGGCAUUCGUUGUACCAUCCAACUCUCCUCCAAUUUCCCAGGAGGAGCUUUCUAAUGCUAUCGCCUCUCUGAAUCUCAAAUCUGCUCCUGGAGCCGAUGGCCUUUCCACUGCUAUCAUUUGUGCAAUCUCUAAUCAGAUAAUUGGAUCAGCUUCUAUUCAUCAUGAAUGCAUGUUUCUCUCUUUCUCACUUUCCUAG